UCAGUCCAAUAGGAAUCCAGAGGCUGCCUGCAAGUGGUCUAAUCUCAAUGAGGUGUCAAUCAUGUUCCCUGGUGGGUGAAGUAAGGUCUUUUGUAACCGCCUCUGUCUUUGGGAAAAGAGGAGAGAGAGGAGAAAGACUUCAGCAGAGAGAGGAGGAACGCAGGACCGUGCUGCAGAAGGGGAACUGAGAUUUGAUUUUGCUUUUGCUUUAGCAGGGAGGAAAGUGGAGCACAUGGAUUUCUAAAAACAUUGGGAUUUUAUUAAAAAAACCACCACUGAAAACAGUCCAAUGAAUCGCAAUUGCAGAUCAAUGCAGAGAAAUGGGGAAACUUCACUCGAAACAUGCUGCCGUUUGUAAACCCAGAGAAAGUCCAGAAGGUGAUAGUUUUGCAGUGAACGCCUCCCUGGCUCGGAAAGGGAUUGAGGACUGGAUGGUGAAGCAGAAAUACUUCGGUAGCAGCGGGGACAGCAGUACGGGACUCCUGCAAGGCUGCCAGCACCGGGCUGUUUGCAGGCUCUCCAGCACCAGGGAUCCGUCUGGUGAAGGUUACAGAGAGACAAUUGGUGAUGAACAAUUUCGUCUAGAAGUGGCUUUGCCUCCAGAGAAGACAGAUGGCGUUUGCAGUGGAGAUGAAAAGAAAGCUGGGAAAGAAAGUGACACACGUACAAGUUCCAGGAAACAACUAAAAUUUGAAGAAUUGCAAUGUGAUGUGUCUGUAGAGGAAGAUAACAGGCAAGAAUGGACCUUCACACUGUAUGACUUUGAUAACAACGGAAGAGUCACACGUGAGGACAUUACAAGCUUGCUUCAUACCAUCUAUGAGGUAGUUGACGCAUCAGUAAACCACUCCCCUAGUUCCAGUAAAACUCUGCGAGUGAAGCUUACUGUGGCACCUGAUGGAAGUCAGAAGAAAAAGAGUAUCUUACUAAACCCUGCUGAUUUGCAGAGCUCUAGGCACAGAGCUGAGAGCAAAGCCAAUGAAGAAUUGAGAAGCUCUGAAAAGAAGCAGCGGGCUUCUCUCAGGUAUCACCCCAGUGACAACGCUCCUGAGCAAAGCGGGUGCUAUCGCCAUUGCGUGGAUGAGAACAUUGAAAGGAGAAACCACUAUUUAGAUCUUGCAGGAAUAGAAAACUAUACAUCGAAAUUUGGGCCAGGAUCUCCUCCAGCAGCUCAGAAAUAUGACCCACCAAAUAGAGUGGUGAAUCAGACUAGAUCCCGCUCUCAUGAACCUGAAAUCUUCCAUGCCCACCACAGGAAAUCUCAGGUGGUGGACCCCAGCCACAUCAAUUUGGCUGAUGCCUCAUACGCCAAGAUUGCAGAAAUACAACAAAGGCUGCGCAAUCAGGACUCAAACAAGCACUUUGUUAGGUCUCCCAAGGUCCAGAGCAAAAAUGUAGCCUCUGUUCACCCUGGAAGGGCAGUAAGGAAUAAACCUCUUCAAGGUGCAUCAAUGCCAAUGGCUUCCCCAACUGCACGGGUGGGCCAGAAUCUUCCUUACCUCCCCAUGCAGUCCCAGCAGGCUCACAAGAAACAUAAGCAGAGGGCAAAGGAGAAUCAUCAAAUGUGCAAAACCUUCCAUUCUCCGGGGACAGUUGUGGAAAAAGAGCAGGUAAGAGACCUGCCCACAGUCAUUUUAUAUGAAGGCCAAGUUGGACAAAUGAUCCAGAGACAUGAACACCAUCACCACCAUGAGCAUCACCACCACUAUCAUCACUUCUACCAGACAUAAAACCGAUCCCACCAACAUCAUCCAAGAAUCCCCCCGUAUGAAGGAAACGCCUUCCUGUGACUUCAGACUAAGGCAUUAUUAUGAUUAAUAGUAUUGUUACUCCAUUAAUAUUCAGCUAGCGUAUAUUUUAAAAAUUAUAUGAAACCAUUAAAACUUACACUAUUUAUAUGUCGUGAAGUUGCAUAGCUUACUUAACAACUUGUUGAUAUUGGUUUUUAAGUGGCUAGUAAAACAACAAACAGCCAUAGCUUUCAGAGCUGUGAUUUAAUGCAGGUCAUCAACGCACUUCCUUUACAAGUACUUCCUUCAUUGUAUUAGAAAAAGAUACUUCAAACAACACUGCAGACAUAUAGCUUACCAGUCUGCCGUAUGUCGGCUUAUUGCACACAAGCCUUUUAUCAGGGGAGCAAUGUUCAAAGGUUUGGACUCCAGAAAUACUCAGAAUAACAGAAAAUACAAACAGCUGCUACCUCUAGUAUUAUUCAAAUUUUAUUUUCUUUUUACUGAUUGUAAUGUGCUACAAGGGGAUUUUAAUAUACUGCAUUCUUGUAGCCUGUUUGUGUUGUACUUUCACUAUCUUAAUAAUUACAAGGAAAUAUUAGCUAUAUUUGUCAACAGAGCUACAUUUUACAACUGAUACUUUCUUUUUGCCUUCAAGGUUCUUUACUGACUCAAGUCCAGUCUGUUAGAUAUUGAGUAGUAUUUAAAUAUACAUCCUUUUUUCUUUUUUUUACUCUCCAUUCUGCAUUGGGAAACCAUCUGAGAGGAAAGAAAAGAGGUGGCUAUGAACCCUCACUAAACCUUAAUGCUUGGGCCAUAACUAGCAUUCGUUGUUUUGUUUUGUUUUUAAUCCACAAUUCUUUGUUUUGAGAAAGAAUUGGAGGAAAAUAUACUUCUCACUUUAAAUGUUGGCAAAUAUAUAUACAUAAAAUAUAAAUAGAUAAAUAUAUAUAUAUAUAUACACACACACACACACUCUCUCUCUCAGGUACAUUUUCUUAUGUUUUAGAAAUCUGUGGUUUGAAUAUUAACAUUAUUUUUUUCUUACAACAGUGACUUUUUAGGUAUGGUAUAAAACACAUACCCCAUGGCAUUUUCUUGGGUGCCUGCGAUUUGUGUUUCCCCAGCACCUACAGCUUUGCUCUGCUCCUUUUUUUAAAGACAAUUCAACAUGUAAAGAACGCUGCUCACAGUCAUUCUGGCCUUACCACUCUUUUCAUAUCAAAGGGCUUCCAUUCCACAAAGUAAAAUGAGGCAAGACCUAUGAGACCAUUAUAGGCUGCUGAGAAAUUUAAAGGUCAAAUGCAAAUGGGAAAAAGUGUGACAAAAAAAGUCAGUAAAUCUGAGUUUUGCUUUCUGUGAGGCUCAGAUUUGUAGUACAUUUGUAUAGUGCAGGCAAAAUUGACUAAAUAGCCACUGCUCUAUUGCUUUUGGAACUAAAAAGUAGAGUUCUGAUCACAUAGAAAUGUAACUGUUCUAUCAAACGUAUUUGCUUUUGAUUUUAGUUUCUUUUAAUUAUUUGUGUGUUUUGUCUACAAUGUAUAGUGUGAUAUGUUACUAUCCCACAUUUCUAAGGGCCCUUUAUGAAUAGGGCACGUUUUGUUGCAACUGCAGUCUGGAUCAGUUCAAGAUGGGAGAUUUCCCUGCUGCUGAGCAUUAAAACUGUUAGAAGGAUACUGUCCUAGGGAAGGACACAGAGACAUCGACAUUAAAAGAAAACAAUGUGGAAAGCCUUGCCUUCUUGUGGAAUUGGAGAGGAAUCACUGCUUGUGGGUAAUUAGUUCCAUCUCAUGGCUCCCAAAAUCAGCAGUUGUUUAGAAUUAUUGUCCCUUUGAAAAAUCUGGUUUAUUUUAAUUUCUUUUUUAGACGUCGACAUUGUGUUCUGUUAAAGCUAGCAAAAUGUUUUAAAGUGUGUUUGAUCUGUGUGACAACUGUUCUGUUUAUUUUAAAAUUCCUAAGUCAAAAAAUAUUUAUAUGCAGAAUUUUCUGUACUGAAAAUAUGAAACGGCCACAAAUUUGGUUAGUUACCACUGAGUUGUUCUAGUCUAAGCCUAUUUUGCUGCUUGUGUAUCAUUCUUUUUCAAUGUAUAUAUAAUUAUGGACUGCAAAAAAAAAAGGCAUUUACAUGUCUA